CGGCAGCGGAGGACGAGGCGUCUGUACUUCCUCAGGUCGGGGGCUGCGCUUCGUAUCUUGGGACGAUAACAGAAUUAGAAGUAAGUUUUGCGUGUCUUUUCAUACGAAAUGACGCGCUGAUUUCUAAGCGGAGUGAAGUAAACACUACCGUGUUGUUAUAGUCCACAGACAGCGCUGUGUCGAGAUUUGUAGUUCUCCUGUAGUCAACUACUUGCGAUAAAGAAACCAACACAAGACUCCGGGAUGCAGAAAGAAGAGUCGGGACCGCCGAGUGGCUCCCAGGAGACCAAGGUACCCAAGGACGUCCAGAGUAAAGCGGGCGGCGGUGCAGAGAUCAUGCAGGCUGCGGCCGCCCCGCCGGGCAUCCAGGCCGUCGACGUGCUGUGGACCUUCGGGAAGUGCCUGGGCGCCCUGCUGCCCGUGUACCUGGCCGGGUACUACCGCUUCAGCACCAGCUUCCUGGUGUUCGGCAUGAUGAUCUACACGGGCUGGAAGCACGCCCGGGAGGCCAAGGAGGCUCGGCACCGCUCGGCCGUGGAGCUGUUCGACAACGAGCAGGAGCACACCUCCAAGAGAGUCGCCAAGAGCAAGAGAGACCUGCCCGCCUGGGUCAACUUUCCAGAUGUGGAAAAGGUGGAAUGGCUUAAUAAGGUGCUGCAGCAGGUGUGGCCGUUCGUGGGCCAGUACCUGGAGAAGCUGCUGCAGGAGACCAUCGCCCCGUCCAUCAGGGGCUCCAGCUCCCACCUGCAGACGCUCAGCUUCACCAAGGUGGACUUCGGGGACAAGCCCAUGAAGGUGGUGGGCAUCAAGGCUCACACGGAGAACGACCGCGGACAGGUCCUGCUGGACCUCUACAUCAGCUAUGUGGGCGACGUGGAGAUCGACGUGGAAGUGAAGCGGUACUUCUGCAAAGCGGGCGUGAAGGGCAUCCAGCUGCACGGCAUGAUGAGGGUGAUCCUGGAGCCUCUGAUUGGAGACGUGCCAAUAGUGGGUGCGGUCACCAUGUUCUUCAUCCGCAGGCCGAAACUGGUCAUCAACUGGACCGGUCUGACCAACCUAUUGGAUAUUCCUGGACUCAACGUCAUGUCUGACAGCAUGAUCAUGGACGCCAUCGCCGCCUUCCUGGUCCUGCCCAACAGGCUCACGGUGCCGCUGGUCCCGGACCUCCACGUGGCCGAGCUGCGGUCUCCCCUGCCCAGGGGCGUGGUCCGCAUCCACCUGGUGGAGGCCGACGACCUGCCCGCCAAGGACAACUUCAUGAAGGGGGUGAUGUCGGGCAUGUCGGACCCCUACGCCCUGCUCAGGGUGGGCCCCCAGACCUUCACCUCCAAGCACGUGGACAACACCGUCUGUCCCAAGUGGGGCGAGAUAUACGAGGUCUUAGUCCAUGAGGUUCCUGGCCAGGAGUUGGAGUUGGAGGUUUAUGACAAAGACACCGACCAGGAUGACUUCCUGGGCAGGGCGAAGCUGGACCUGGGCAUCGUGAAGAAAUCCAUAGUGGUGGACGACUGGUUCUCCCUGAAAGACACGCCGUCUGGACGCGUCCAUCUGAGGUUGGAGUGGCUGACCCUGCUGCCCUCCACGGACCGUCUGGAGCAGGUCCUAAAGAGGAACGAGACCGUGAUCAGCAAGACCGCCGACCCCCCCUCAGCCGCCAUCUUGGUUGUGUAUCUGGACAAGGCGGAGUCACUUCCCAUGAAGAAAGGCAACAAGGAGCCGAACCCCAUGGUGCAGCUGUCUGUACGAGACCUCACCAGGGAGAGCAAGAUCUGUUACACCACCGAGAACCCCCAGUGGGAAGAGGCCUUCACCUUCUUCAUCCAGGACCCCCAGAAACAGGACAUCGACAUCCAGGUGAAGGACGGGGACCGCGUGCAGACCCUGGGCCGCCUGAACCUACCCCUGUCCCGCCUUCUGUCCAGCCCCAGCCUGACCCUGGACCAGUGGUUCCAGCUGGACGGCUCCGGCCCCGCCAGCCGCAUCUACAUCAAGACCGUCCUCAGGGUGCUGUGGCUGGAUGAGGAGCACGUCUCCGCUGACGUGUCCUCCACCGUGGCGGGGAGCCAGGCCGAGACCCUGCCCCAGCAGAGCACACCCCAUCCCAGCUUCGCCACCGAGGGCGUGCUCCGGAUCGGCCUGCUGGCGGGGCAGAACCUGGUCCCCAAGGACAACAUGAUGGGAGGCAUGGUGAAGGGCAAGAGCGACCCCUACGUCAAGGUCAACGUAGGGGGGGAGACCUUCACCAGCCAGGUGGUCAAGGCCAACCUCAACCCCACCUGGAACGAGAUGUACCAGGUGGUUCUGACCCAGCUGGCCGGCCAGGAUCUCCAUGUGGAGAUAUUUGAUAAAGACAUGGACAUGAAGGACGACUUCAUGGGCAGGCUGAAGAUCAGCAUGAAGGACAUCGUUGCUGCGCAGUACACCGACCAGUGGUACACGCUGAACGACGUCAAGUCCGGCCGGGUCCACCUCACGCUGGAGUGGGUUCCCACGGCAACGGAACCGGACCGCCUGGACCAGGUUCUGCAGUUCAACUCCAAGCAGGCGUUCCAGAACAAGGCGGUGCCCUCCUCAGCCCUGCUGUUCGUCUACGUGGAACAGGCGCACGGCCUGCCUCUCAAGAAGAGCGGGAAGGAGCCCAAGGUGGGGGCGGAGAUCGUCUUGGGGAAGUCCUCCCACAAAACCACCGUGUGCGAGCGAACCACGGCUCCUAAAUGGAACGAGGCGUUUCACUUCCUGGUUCGUGACCCCAGAGAAGAUAUUCUCGUGGUUAAGCUGUCCCACAGCUGGGCUCUGGCCAUGGGCUCCCUGGUGGUGCCAGUGAGGGAGCUGCUGUCUGAACCACAGCUGGUCCUGGACCAGUGGUUCCACCUGGACGGAGCCUCACCUGAGAGCCAGGUGCUGCUGAGGGCGGAGCUUAAGGUGUUGAUACCCUCUAAGUGCCCGGGUGGGGGUGUCCAGACCAAGCCAGCGUCCGGGUCAGACCCCUCCAGGACUAAGGAGAGCAUGGUGGAGGACCACCUGCUCAGGUCGAGUUCUGUGGACACGCCCCCUCUGGAGAGCGCUGCGGUGCCGGCCUCUGAGGUCCCGGGGGGCCGUGGCUCCGAGGUAGCAGCUGAGGUAGCCGCCGCUGUGUCCCAUCAGGAGGAGGAAGAGGAGGAGGAGGAGGAGGAGGAGGAGGACGCUCCUCCCCCCGGCCCUCCCCACACCUCCCCAGACCACGUCUUCGGCAGCGAGGGGGUGCUGAGGCUGCACCUGCUGGAGGCGCAGAGCCUGGUUGCCAAAGACAACCUGAUGGGGGGCUUGAGGAAGGGCAAGAGUGACCCCUACGCCAAGGUCACGGUCGGAGAGCACGCCUUCAAGAGUCACGUGGUCAAGGAGAACCUGAACCCCACUUGGAACGAGAUGUACGAGGUUGUGAUGAGGCCUCAGGCUGGGCUGGAGGUGAAGGUGGAGCUGUACGAUAAGGACAUGGACAAAGAUGACUUCCUGGGCAGAUUGAAUGUCAGCCUGGCAGACAUCAUCCAAUCACAGUGCACCGACCAGUGGCACCCACUGGAGGACGUGAAGUCCGGCCGGGUCCGGUUGGUCAUGGAGUGGGUCCCCAUGGUGUCCCAGAACACCAGCCUGGACCAGGUGCUGCAGCAGAGGUCGCUCCAGUCCUACCAGAACCAGACCGUCCCGACGGCAGCGCUGCUCUUCCUGUAUCUGGAGAGAGGCCACUCGCUGCCCUUGAAGAAGAGCGGGAAGGAGCCCAAGGCCGCAGCAGAACUGGUCCUGGGUCAGACCACCCACAAAACCAAGGUGUGCGCUCGCUCCAAGUCCCCCGAGUGGAGAGAGGCCUUCUUCUUCCCCGUCCAGGAGCCCAGAGAGGAGAUGCUCAUCGUGAAGCUGUCCAGUGCCUGGGACCAGCCCAUGGGGUCCCUGGUGCUCCCAGUCAGAGACCUGCUGUCUGAACCAGAGCUGGUCCUGGACCAGUGGUUCCCCCUGGACGGAGCCUCACCUGAGAGCCAGGUGCUGCUGAGGGCGGAGCUUAAGAUCCUCCAGUCCCAGAUGACCAGCGUUCCCCAGGCAACAGGGACGGUCCCUGAAGUCGAGGAGGUCCCGGCCACCGCUGGUCACCAUGGUGACCGGUCGAUGGAGGAGGAGAGAGGCUGGGAGGUGCCAGCUCAGGAGAGGGUUCCAGUGACCAGCCAGGAAGCGGAGGAGAGAGAACCUGUGACCGUGGAUACCAGAGAAGAAGAGACAACUGUCGGUGAAGAUUAUUCCAUUGCUCCCGAGUUGGAGGAGCCACUAGAGGAAGAGAGGCAAGUAGAGGAAGAGAGGCAAGUAGAGGAAGAGAGGCCAGUAGAGGAAGAGAGGCCAGUAGAGGAAGAGAGGCCAGUAGAGGAAGAGAGGCAAGUAGAGGAAGAGAGGCAAGCCGAGGAAGAGAGGCCAGUAGAGGAAGAGAGGCCGACCUCUGAGUCCUUCUCCCCAGUGAGGAAAGAGCUUCAACCAGAGAGAUCUGGCCUAGAUAAUCUGGCCCAAGCCACAGUGACCGGCCUUCCCCCAGACCUGGUCCCAACCCUGGUCCCCGAGGAGUCCAGCCCGGCUGUGGUCCUCCAGCCUCACUCCAACCCCCCUCAGGACUUUGCCACCAACCAGGGGGUGCUGAGGCUGCACCUGCUGGAGGCCGCGAGCUUGGUUGCCAAGGACAACCUGAUGGGGGGCAUGAGGAAGGGCAAGAGUGACCCCUACGUGAAGGUCACCGUCGGAGAGCACGCCUUCAAGAGUCACGUGGUCAAGGAGAACCUGAACCCCACCUGGAACGAGAUGUACGAGGUGGUGCUGAGUUCCCAGGCCGGCCAGGAGAUCCACUUUGAGUCCUACGAUAAGGACCUAGACGCCGAUGACUUCCUGGGCAGGUUCAGCGUAAUGCUUGAUGAUGUCAUCAGACAGCAGUACAUCGACAAGUGGUACACCCUGAAGGACGUGAAGUCAGGCCGGGUCCAUCUGGUGCUGGAAUGGGUUCCUACUGCCUCCACCGCCGCCAGACUCCACCAGGUGGUGCAGCUCCAGUCCGGACAGACCUUCAGGAACCAGGCGGUUCCCUCCGCCGCUCUGCUGUUCGUCCACGUGGAGCGAGCUCACGCCCUGCCCCAUAAGAAGAGCGGGAAGGAGCCCAAAGCCGGAGCAGAGCUGAUCCUGGGUCAGACCACCCACAGAACACAGGUGUGUGAGCGCAGCUCCGCCCCUCAGUGGGAGGAGUCAUUCUUCUUCCUGGUCCGGGACCCGGAGCGCGAGAUGCUGAUCCUGAAGCUGUCCAGUGCCUGGGACCAGCCCAUGGGUUCCCUGGUGCUCCCAGUCAGAGACCUGCUGUCUGAACCACAGCUGGUCCUGGACCAGUGGUUCCCCCUGGACGGAGCCUUACCUGAGAGCCAGGUGCUGCUGAGAGCGGAGCUUAAGGUUCUGGAUUCCAAGAUGGUGGACAUGUUGAGCGGUGGCGCGCUGCCUUGCUCGGCAGCGGAGGCGGCGAGGAGCGGCCAGGUGAAGCUGUCCCUCUCCGCCCACGAGGGACGGCUGGUCGUCACCGUCCACGCCUGCAGGGGUCUGUCGUCUACGGGGAAGGACUCCGUCGACAGCUACGUCUCCCUCAUGCUGCUGCCGGACAAGAACAAGGCCACCAAGAGGAAGACAGCGGUGAAGAAGAGGGACCUGAAUCCAGAGUUCAACGACAGUUUCGAGUACGGGCUGUCUCUGGACGAGGCCCAGCGCCGGCUUCUCAGCGUCAGCGUUAAGGACAACUCCGCCUCCUUCAGGGGCCGCGACGUGAUUGGACAGGCACAGAUCGAGCUGGCUCAAGUCAACCUGCUGAAGGGGGUCACUGAGUGGUUUGAUCUGACGGAGGAAGCUGAGUAGUGGAUCCAGGUGAUGACGUCACACAGAUCCCCAUGACAACCCCCAGAUGCUGCCACUCAGGACGUCCUUCCCCCCGCUCGCCACGUCCUCAUGCCGACCGCUGACGUUGAACUUCACACGCGCUUACAGUGUCUAAUACUCUGUAUCUCUAUCGAGACGUACCUGUGGUCAUCUACACACGCUUACAGUGUCUAUACUCUGUAUCUCUAUCGAGACGUACCUGUGGUCAUCUACACACGCUUACAGUGUCUAUACUCUGUAACUCUAUCGAGACGUACCUGUGGUCAUCUACACACGCUUACGGUGUCUACACUCUUGUGGUUGGAAGUACACUAGUAUAUCGUUGUACUUAAGAGGAGACUCGGUUUUGGUCAGACAUCAAGUCCAGCUGGGUCCAGACCGGCUGCCUGGGGAGAAUGUGUGUCCGGCCACUUUGUUGCAACAGCAUUUGAGUUCUUAUGAUGUGAUGCAGGGAACAGACAGUCCGUUUCCGUUUUGAGCGAUAUCGUUUUUAUCUUCCAACAUGUGUUCAUUACAGUAUUUUUGUUUCCAGACAGUAUUUUGGUUUUGUUACAGUGUUUCAGAUGAAGAUGAUGCUGAUGAAGGAAAGGUUACAGAGGUUGGAUAUUUUAAUGUUUUUAUAUUUCACAAUGGUUUGCUUUGAUUUGUGGCGUAUAUACUUACAUUUAUUUUUUAUGUAUUUUAAGCUUUUUACUUUUUUAAUUUAAUUGAAGUCUAUAUAUAUUUUUGGUUUUCCUAAGGCGAGAUUGUCACCAAUGUUUUGCAUCGGAAAAAAAUAAUAAAAAAUCUGUUUUUGUUGGAUGAAAUUGCAAACAGGAAGGAUUACUUUUGCGAGUUGUUUGUGAAAUAGUUACAAUAAACCCUUUGCACACACA